GAGCGCAGUGACCCUUCAGCUCCCAAGACGAGAACAUGUUGGCCAUAGUGAUGCUAGCGGUGGUAGCCGCCGUACAGGUGGAGUGCGCACCCACUCAAUUUUCGCCAGGUUUCUUACAUGCCCCCGCCUUUUCCUCGCAGCUAUUCAAAAAACCAAUCUUCACUACUCAGAUAAACAAGGGCUUCCAAAGCAAAACUAAAGUGCCAGACCCCGUGGAGACCCAACGAGCCUACGAUGACUUCAUCCAGACGUGGAUGGAUCAGGCCAGACUCACCAUCGACACCGCCAAUGUUGCUAGGAUCGCUGCUGAACCCUCCGUGAGUGAACCCGUUGUGGCCCGAGGAAUCCAAGAGGUCAUGAGUGACUUUGUUCCAGCUGACCCAGAGCCCACUCCCUUUGUGGAGCAAGAAAUUAUUCUCAUGGAAGACCCAGAGAUCAAUGAGGCCGAAUCAAUGUUCGAAAUCAUGGUUCCGGUUGCAACCGAGAUGGCGGUUGUAACUGAGGAGUUUAUUCCCACUGUGGCUCCCGAAGAGGAAAUUCCUGCUGCCGUCGAAACGGAGUUCACCGGAUCUCUCGUGGUACAGGAUGCCGCAGAUGUUCUUGUCGAGACUCCUAUCGAGGAAACUGUCUUUGUGGAACCUAAAGUAAAGUCUGCUGUAGAGGAGCCUGUUUUGGAAUCUUUUGUAAAACCCACUGUUGAACAGCCAAUUGUGAAACUCGUUGAGGAAUCUAUUGUGGAACCCAUUGUGGAACCUAUUGUAGAACCUGUGGUGGAGCUCGUUGCAGAACCUGUUGUAGAACAAGUUGUAGAAUAUGUGGUAGAACCUGUCGUAGAACCAGUGAUGGAACGUGUUGUAGAGCCUGUUGAACGCAUUGUCGAACCAGUGGUGAAGCGCAUCGUAGAGCCUGUGGAGGAGCCCGCCGUAGAAUCUGUUGUGCAACAUGUCGUACAACCUGUGGUGCAACGCAUAGUAGAACCUGUGGAGGAACCCGUCGUAGAACCUGUGGUGCAACGCUUUGUAAAACCUAUUGCAGAACCCAUAUUGGAAGCCACUGUGGUGGAGCCAGUCGUGCAGCGCCAGCGCGUAGUGAAACCCGAGCGUCUGCCAGUUGCACGUCCCACCGGCAGGAGCUUCACCUCGGGGAGGUCCAGAUCAGCUGUAGACACCAUCCAGCAGAAGCCGACCGUCCAGCAGCAACGGAUUGUCCAGCAGCGACCGACUGUCCAGCAGCGACCGACCGUCCAGCAGCAACCGUCUGUCCAGCAGCAGCCGACCUUCCAGCAUCAGCCGACCCUCCAGCAGUGGCCGACCGUCCAGCAGCAGCCAACCUUCCAGCAUAGACCAACCUUCCAGCAUAGGCCAACCAUUCAGCAGCGACCGACCUUCACCCACGAGCGGUUCCCUGGGGCGACCUUCCACCCCAGUGUCCUGGUACCUCAGCAACCCACACGUUCGUCAUAUAUCCCCGCCCGCUCCAGAGAUGCAGUAAACACAGACGGUUUGGCUUAUACUCUGCAGUACUUCCCUACACGAGGACAGUCCCACUACUUCGUGUCCACGGCCAUCGGCGGAGGCAGGAGAUUUUAAAGGAGGGUCACUUACGUUAAUAUAAGGAAUGUAAAUAUGCUUCCCUUCUUUCUUCUGCUGCAAACUUUUGACUGCUUCUCAAUAGAUUAAACGUUCAAGUUGGUUCUCUCCGAUCUGUAAAUAUUCUUUAUUUUUUGUAUAUAUUCUAGGGUUUUUAAAUGUGGCUUCCAGCAUCUAUUAGUAAAAAAAAUAUAUAUUAAAGAUUAUAAAUACUGCUUUACACACAAAGCCACAGAGUCAAUAAUUUUUUAUGUAAACCACAAUAAAGAAUCACGAAUAAAA